UCACCUCCGUCCAAGAUGGGGAUCAAGCGCGUCUACACAGAGGAUGCCGACUUCUCGGUGAACGACCGCUGCGGCGCCCCGGAGCUAACGAUCUGCAAGAGGUCGCGUCUUUGGAGCUCCAACGACUACGAGGAGACGCGCGAGCUCGGCCAGGGCGCGAGCGGUGGCGUCGUCGAGGCGCGCCUCCGCUGCACCGGCACCACCUUCGCCCUCAAGAAGCCGCUUCGCUGCAACCACGAAGCCGACGGCAUCAGCUGCGCCUGCAGCGACGGCCACAUGCUGCGGGAGGCCGCCUUCCUCGCCAAGUGCCACGGCCAUCCCGCCUUGGUCGAGCUCCAGGCGAUCGCGCUCGACGCCGUCGUCGGUGGGAAGCUCUCCAUCGUCAUGGACUGCGUCGGGCCCAGCCUCUACGACAUACUCCACGAGCACCGCCACAGCCGCCCGUUCACGGAGCCCCAGGUGCGCUGCAUCAUGCGGCAGCUCCUCGCCGGCGCCAAGCACAUGCACCGCCGCCGCGUAGUGCACCGAGACAUCAAGCUGGAGAACAUACUCGUCGGCCGCGGCGGCAUCGAGGAAGACGUCAAGCUCUGCGACAUGGGUCUCGCCGUGUCUAUGCACGAGCCUCCGCCCUACGGGAGGCGCGGCACGUACGGGUACAUGGCGCCCGAGGUACUCCUGGGGCAGACCGACUACGACGCCAUGGUGGACAUGUGGUCGCUCGGCUGCGUCAUGGCCGAGCUCCUCACCGGCGAGCCCCUGUUCGACGGGGACGACGACGCUGAGGCGCUCCUCGCCAUCUUCCACGUCCUAGGAGUGCCUUUAUUUACGACCUGGCCUGCCUACAAAUCCUUGCCGCUCGCCGGGAAGCUGGUAACGCCGCCACAUGUCAUCGCCCGCAACAAGCUACGACAACACUUCCCGGAGGACCUUCUCUCCGAACAAGGUUUCGAAGUACUCAAGGGCCUCCUCUCAUGCAACAUCGACAGGAGGCUAUCGGCGACCACCGCGCUCCGGCGACCAUGGUUCAGCAACUGUGCUGACGCUUUAGCUUGA